CGUCGCCAUCCGCCAACGUACCUCUUACACAUCUCGACACCACACGAACUCGCACACAAUGGAUACCUCACGAGACUCAUCAAAUCUACUCGACACGCACAACCGCCUCAUCGCGGAUGUCCUCUCCCGCUUCCGUAUGCUCACAAUGCUCGCGACCAUCCAAGCUGAAGGAGAGCGCAAGAACGCUGAGCCGCAGACUGUCGCCGUGACGGGCAUGUCGAUGCAGAUGGAAUUCGAAGGACUCCACACAUCAAUCAAGGACCUCCUCGCCCUCAGUCGUCGUCUCAAGGAACUUUGGCUGUUCGGUAAACUAGGCCAGGGAGAAGGCGACGCGCGCAUUCAAGCGGACAAGCUCCAGGCCGACGUGGUCCGGUGCGCGGAGCUUCUCAACGCCAUCCAGGAGACCCGGUUCGCUGGGCUCGCUGCGGCGGCGGAGGGCAAGUGGGUGCCGAUGGGUCGCCCUGAUGCUGCGUCUGGCGAAGGUGGUGCAGCUGUUGCUGCUCCGCCGCCUGCUGCUCCGACAGCACCGAAUGGGGCUGGUGGUGCUGCGUGAGGGAUGGGAUCUUGAAUCGACUAAAAGUCUUUGGGGAUGAGGGCGAAACCCACGAUUUGCAUGCAAUGGCGUUUGGAUUGGGGAUCCCUGGGUCGAAUACAAAAUGUCCCGAGGGAGGUAACGCUGAUACCCGUUUACAAAGGGCGGA